AAUGGAGAAGGAGCGACGGAGUGCCACCAAGCGCAGUCGUGCUAAAGGUGGUUGGGACUGACGGAGCAUCGGUACCGAAAAGAAGUUAUAGCUGGAAAUCAGAUCCGCUUUUCUCUACGAGCUAAAUGCUAGUCGACAUAUGCAUUCCCCACCCCACUAGUGACGUUGACCGCCGCCCUGAUCAUGAUCAGCUUUAAGUGUCUGACGGGUAUCGUCUUCCUAGUCAGCCUCAUUCCGGUUGCCGCUUCCCAGCCCCCCCCGCGGACAGCCUACCUCUGGUCAGCCUCCCUGGUCGACGUGGUAUAACCACAGCAGCGGCUCGACCACCUUCAUACACUCUUCUUCCCGUCUGUCUAUCAUGUCUCAAUUCUUUCGGAGACGUCACAACGAUCCCAACCUCACUACGACUCAAUCAGCACCUCGACAAAGCUAUUUUGCGAACCUCACUGAUGACCUGCAGGCAGCGUUACUCGAGUUCGUGGGCACAACAUUCUUCCUCACCCUCGCCUUUGGCGGUGUCCAGGCUGUCACUGGUGCAGGCGAGAUGAGUCAAGCAUCAUCUGUUAUUGAAAAGGUUAUGUAUAUCUCCUUGUCUUUUGGAUUCAGCCUACUCGUCUCUGCUUGGCUAUUCUUCCGGGUCACUGGUGGCCUCUUCAACCCCAAUGUCAGCCUCGCUUUACUUCUCACAGGCAUCAUCGGCCCUGUACGAUUCGUACUAUUUUGUAUUGCUCAACUCGUCGGUGGGAUUACGGCAGCGGCGUUGGUGUUGGCGCUCACUCCUGGACCUCUCCAAUCCAACACGUUCUUGCAGACGGGAAUCAAUUCUGCUCAGGGCGUUUUCAUCGAGGCGUUCAUCACGGCUGCGCUGGUUCUGUCCGUCCUCAUGCUUGCAGCGGAGAAGCAUGUCGCAACGCCAUUCGCACCUGUCGGCAUUGGCUUGACGAUGUUUGCAUGCCAUCUGUUCGCUGUGUACUAUACUGGUGCAGGCAUGAAUACUGCGCGAUCGUUCGGCCCUGCCGUAGUCACCGGGUUUCCUUUCAGAACCCAAUGGGUUUAUUGGGUCGGGCCUGGCAUCGGAUCAGUUUUCGCAGCAGGAUUCUACGGUCUGCUCAAACAUUUCCGAUACUGGAAGUUGAAUCCUGGUCAGGAUACCAUCGACACAAGAGAAUCCCCACCUGAUCCCAUCGCGGCCGUCACCGCUCGCUCAAAGUCAAAGGGUAGUGUUGAUAAUCCUUCUCACGUUGAUCCUAGUAGGGAGAAACAGGAUCCGAAUAUGAGCAGGAACCUGAUGGAUGAGGAUGGGGGUGGAGAUACUAGCUUGGGGAAUGCAGGUGCGAGUACCGGUGUGAAGGCGAAUGACAGUGCGGUGUGAGUUGAAAAGUUCGGAUGAUGAGAUAGCAAGGAGGGCAAUCAUGUCUGGACAAACAUGGCUUUACUCAUGACUGUUACAAAUAUUCAUGAUACGCCAUCUACCAUUUGCUAUAGUAUACUUAUAAUCAUAAAGCAUGCUACACUUAGGCUAUUUUACUGUCAGACAUAUUAGUAGAGUUUUCAUUGAGGC